AACCAAAUCUACGAAAGUUCGAUCCGAAGACCUAAAAUCAAACAGAGAAAACGAAAAAGGAAAAAAAAAAAUCAAACAGAGGCGAGGAAAAGAGAAAACGAUGGCGACUCAUCGCCAUCUCAAGCUCUUUGCUCCAUUAUUGCUGUUCUCGUUCUUCGCUAGGGUUUACUCGAACCAAUUCUCAGUGGACGGAACGGUGUUGGAGCUCGACGACAAGAACUUCGAUUCGGCGAUCUCGUCCUUCGACUUCAUCCUCGUUGAUUUCUACGCUCCUUGGUGCGGUCACUGCAAGAAGCUAUCCCCCGAGUUAGAUGUGGCUGCCCCAACUCUAGCUGGGUUGAAAGAACCCAUUGUGAUCGCUAAAGUUAAUGCUGACAAGUAUUCAAAACUUGGUGCCAAAUAUGAAAUCGAUGGGUAUCCUACGCUGAAGCUCUUUAUGCAUGGUGUCCCUGUUGACUAUUAUGGUCCAAGGAAAGCCGAUUUACUUGUUCGAUACUUAAAGAAGUUUGUCGCACCUGACGUUUCUGUUCUUGAGUCAGAUUCUGCUGUUGAUGGUUUUGUCGAAGCAGCUGGCAAACAAUUUCCCAUAUUCAUUGGUUUUGGCCUGGACGAAUCACUUGUUGUUGAAUUUGCCAGAAAAUACAAGAAAAGGGCAUGGUUUUCUAUAGCUAAAGGUUUCUCAGAGGAAGCCAUGGUAACUUAUGAUUUUGACAAGGUUCCUGCAUUGGUAUCUCUCCAUCCCAAAUAUAAUGAACAAAGCGUGUUCUAUGGCCCUUUUGAAGGAGAAUUCUUAGAGGAUUUUAUGAAACAAAAUCAGCUGCCACUAAUUGUACCUAUAAACUUUGAAACCCUCAAGCUAUUGAAUGAUGACAAGAGGAAAAUUGUCGUAACAAUUGUGAAUGACGAUGUUGAUGAGAAGUCAUUGAAACUGAUUAAGACUUUAAGGGCUGCUGCAAACGCCAACCGUGACUUGGUAUUUGGAUAUGUUGGAAUCAAACAGUGGGAAGAAUUUGUCGAUACAUUUGAUGUCAGAAAAGGGUCCCAACUCCCAAAGUUGCUGAUCUGGGAUGGAACUGAAGAAUAUCAUAUUGUUGAAGGUUCAGAGAGCCUCGAUGACGAUGAUGAUGAAGCAUCACAAAUAAGCCGGUUUCUUGAGGGAUACAGAGAAGGGAGAACAAUAAAGAAGAAAGUCGCCGGCCCUUCAGUAAUGGGCUUCAUUAAUUCACUAAUCACCAUCAAAACAGUGUACCUAAUAGUCUUUUUAGUUGCUAUUUUCAUGCUUAUCCAGAAUUUUGCCAAUCGAAUUGAUGACGGCCCUCAACCAAGGGAACGUGAAGCUGAAGUUGAAGAUACAAGUAGAACAACGGCCUCUGAAAGUGAAAGCAGAAACGAAUACAAGCCUGGAGAUAAAGAUGACUGAGUUUUAGUGUUACAACUUGUUUAAAAGCAUUGCACGUUUUGUAAUGAUCUGUUUGUGCGCAGAAAUUUAGGUCUAGCUGGUAUUAUGGGUUGAAUUCAGGAUUAUCUUUUAUAUGUUGUAGAUUAAAUUUUGUAUUUGAGUUCGCUAUCGAAACGUGUGAUGUUGAUAUGUCUGAUAUUUUCUUAUAUUUCAGUGUUUUGCGCAGA